UCGCGACGGUCGCCCUCGCAGGAGCGACACUUUGCGCUCCUUUUCUCUCGCUGCGUCCCGAAGAAAGAGCCUUACCCUUCCAGACCCAAAUACCACUCUUCUCAACACUCUUUGAAAGAAGAAAGGGUGCCCGCCAGGGGUGGUUUCAGCAAUGGCCCCAUCCUCUCUGAUUCCUGGACCAGGUCGGUUGUCGUGGUAACCCUUCCCCAGCCUGAAGCCCCCCGAGUCUGCCCUCCCCUCCACUUUUGUGGUUAUGGAGCCCCAAACCUCUGCCAUCUUUACAUCAGGAGGAGGUUGCUAAGCAGUGCACCUGAGCUGGGCUGGAACUGCCUCCCUAGAACUCCCUCAGCCUGCAACCUAGAAGGAUGUGCCAGAGGCCCAGCUAGGGCCUGACCUUGGCCCCAUGCGUCUCACCCGCUGCCAGGCUGCCCUGGCAGCCGCCAUAAUUCUCAACCUCCUAGUUCUCUUCUAUGUCUCGUGGCUGCAGCACCAGCCCAGAAACUCCCGGGCCCGGAGCCCCCGUCAUACAUCUGCCACCGGCCCCCGUGUCACUGUCCUGGUGCGGGAGUUCGAGGCCUUUGACAACGCGGUACCUGAGCUGGUAGACUCCUUCCUGCAACAGGACCCAGCCCAGCCCGUGGUGGUGGCGGCCGACACGCUCCCCUACCCGCCCCUGGCCCUCCCCCGCACUCCCAACGUUCGCCUGGCACUGCUCCAGCCCGCCCUGGACCGGCCCUCCACGGCCUCUCGCCCCGAGACCUACGUGGCCACCGAGUUCGUGGCCCUGGUGCCUGACGGGGUGCGGGCCGAGGCCCCUGGCCAGCUGGAGCGCAUGGUGGAGGCGCUCCGGGCCGGAAGUGCACGCCUGGUGGCCGCCCCCGUCGCCACAGCCAACCCUGCCAGGUGCCUUGCCCUGAACGUUAGCCUGCGGGAGUGGACCGCCCGCUAUGGCCCGGCACCAGCAGCGCCCCGCUGCGAUGCCCUAGAUGGGGACGCCGUGGUGCUCGUGCGCGCCCGCGACCUCUUCAACCUCUCGGCGCCCCUGGCCCGGCCGGUGAGCACCAGCCUCUUCCUGCAGACCGCCCUUCGCGGCUGGGCGGUACAGCUGCUGGACUGGCCCUUCGCUGCAGCGCGCCAGCCCCCGCUGGCCACGGCUCACGCGCGCUGGAAGGCGGAGCGUGAGGGGCGCGCACGGCGCGAGGCACUGCUCCGCACCCUGGGCAUCCGCCUGGUGAGCUGGGAGGGCGGCCGGCUGGAGUGGUUUGGCUGCGGCAAGGAGACCCCGCGCUGCUUCGGCACGGUGGUGGGCGACACGCCAGCCUACCUCUAUGAGGAUCGCUGGACACCCCCAUGCUGCCUGCGCGCGCUGCGCGAGACCGCGCUCUAUGUGGUGGGCGUGCUGGAGGCCGCGGGCGUGCGCUACUGGCUGGAGGGCGGCUCGCUGCUGGGGGCAGCCCGCCACGGGGACAUCAUCCCGUGGGACUACGACGUGGACCUGGGCAUCUACCUGGAGGACGUGGGCAACUGCGAGCAGCUGCGGGGGGCUGAAGCCGGCUCUGUGGUGGAUGAGCGCGGCUUCGUGUGGGAGAAGGCCGUAGAGGGUGACUUCUUCCGCGUGCAGUACAGCGAGAGUAACCACCUGCACGUGGACCUGUGGCCCUUCUACCCCCGCAACGGGGUCAUGACCAAGGACACGUGGCUGGACCACCGGCAGGAUGUCGAGUUCCCAGAACACUUCCUGCAGCCUCUGGUGCCCCUGCCCUUUGCCGGCUUCGUGGCACAGGCACCCAACAACUAUCGGCGCUUCCUGGAGCUCAAGUUCGGCCCUGGGGUCAUCGAGAACCCCGAGUACCCCAAUCCAGCACUCCUGAGUUUGACAGGAAGUGGCUGAAGCCAUGACACCUGCGCCUGGGCUCGGGGGAACUUUCUGGCACAGGGAGCUGUCCUUUGCCUUUUGGGGUCUAUCGAUGUGGAGAUUUGUUUGA